CAACCCUAGUUAAUAUGGUAGAAAUAUCUGCAGGUUGUUUCCAUGAGAAGGCUGGCAGGCUGCCAAGAUUCUGACCUCCAUAGAAAAACAGCUGAGAUUUCACUGCUUCUGUUCAAAAUAGGAAUUACAAUGCACUCCACAAUGUCUAUAGAUAGAGAUAAAGGCGGACUUAUUUUUAUUGUAAUUGUAUUGCUUGUUCAAAUGAUGUAAAUAUUUCUCAGCACAUGUGCUGGGCACAGGUUCACUUUAAAUGUUUCCAAUAAAAAGUCCCCCUGGCUUCUAGGACGAUUCAUAACAUUUGAAAUGCAGUGUCUGCCUGAAAGCAAAGGUCACUCUGUUAACUGUCACCAUGGCAACAACCCAUACAUGGCAACCAUGGCAACAAGCCAACUGUAACAGUUGGCGAUGACCUCAUAGUGGGUCUGAGGUUAUAAAUAGCUGUGCAGCUGAGCCAGCAGAUCAGACCAGCAGUGAGAGGAGAAGGAGUUAGCAGCACAUUGUUAGUUCUGAACCUUGUUAGUUGGUUAUAUUGCAAUUUCUUUGUAAUUUCCUGAAAAAAUGGGAAACUGCUAUAGAAAAAAACGCACCCGUGUUGAUGAGACAGCUUAUCGUCCCAAGUCACAGGCAAAAUCGACAUUUAAGCCUUUAGUGACUGGAACACAACAGACAUAUCAGUCUGCUGUCUCUCUUUGCCAAGAUGUGCCCGUUGUGCCUAGUGGAGCUUGGCCAACUGCCACUAAUGGCAAACCAGAGGAGUCUCUUCAGCUGGAAACUCCUCCAGUGAUCUAUAAUGAUGUAAAGGAGUUUGUUCAUUCUGAGGGAGGCAGUAGCCCUCAGCUGAACACCCCUAUUACUGAUGAAGACACAUCUGUUCAGUCUGAUGGAGCCAGUAGCCCUCAGCUAAACAGUGCUUUAAACUAUUCUGAUAAAGAGGGGUCAAAGCCUGAUUCCUCCAGUAGCUCGCUGCUUAGCGGUCCUGUAAGAUAUUCUGAUGAAGAGGGGUCAAAGCCUGAAUCUUCCAGUAGCUCGCUGCUUAGCAGUCCUGUAAGAUAUUCUGAUGAAGAGGGGUCGAAGUCUGAUUCCUCCAGUAGCUCACAGCUUAAAAGUCAUGCAAGCUAUUCUGAUGAAGAGGAGUCCUUUCAGCUUGAAACAUCUCAGCUGAGUACUACAGCGACUUAUUCCUUUGAGGACAAAUAUGUUCAGUCUGAUGGAGCCACAUGCUCAGACCUGGACAGUUCUGAAAUCUUUUCCGAUGGAGAGGUGACCUUUCCGCUUUUAACACUUCAGCAGAAACCUCAAGUGACCUAUUCCAAUGAAGACACAUCUGUUGGGUCUGAUGGAGCCACAAGCUUAGACCUGGACAGUUCUGAAAUAUUUUCCGAUGGAGAGGUGACCUUUCCGCUUUUAACACUUCAGCAGAAACCUCGAGUGAACUAUUCCAAUGAAGACACAUCUGUUAGGUCUGAUUCUUCCAGUAGCUCACAGCUUAAAAGUCAUGUAAUCUAUUCUGAUGAAGAGGAGUCCUUUCAGCUUGAAACAGCGACUUCUUCCUUUGAGGACAAAGCUAUUCAGUCUGAUGGAGCCAGAAGCUCAGAGCUGAACAGUUCUGAAAUCUUCUCAAUGAACGUAUCUGUGGGACCAUAUAACCUCUAUAGUCUGAAAGGAGACCUGCAGUACGUUAUGGAAUAUGGAAAUGAAAACUAUGCCUACAAGAGGAACAUUGAACUCUACUUCGUACCUGACAACUGUCUUAGUCAUACAGAACUGGAUGAAGAAGAUCGAAGAAAAAUGGUGCUCAGCCUUAUCAAAUCACACUCAAAGCACUCCCUGAGCUUGGAGUCCCUGUGCCUGGCCAUAAACUACCUGGACAGGCUCCUACUUAACCUCACAGUGGACAGGUCCACCUACAACGUCAUGGCCAUCACGGCAAUGGUACUUGCCUUGAAAAUAUCAGAAAGAGGUACCCAGCAAUUGCACCAGUUAAUUCAGAGUUUUCGCACGUAUUACACCAACACCACAAUGUGGACUAUGGAGGCAAUGCUCAUGAGUAAACUCGAGUACCGACUCAUUGCUCCAACCACUAACUUUUUCUUGGAGCAUCUUAUCAUGAAGCGGAUGGCCACUGCAGCGUUCACCGCACAGACAGUGGAGGAGAACUAUAUGUUGAUGGGAUGUGCAAAAGCAGUCGUUAAACUCUGCAUGACAGAGUACUAUUACUGCUCUAUCCCUCCAUCACUGCAGGCCAUCUGCUGUGUCAAAGCUGCUGAAUGGGUGCUCUCCCCAGACAAGACGGUCACCAUCACUGGUGUACAAGGAUACCCAAAUGAAAGUGUGCAGGAGGUGCUAGAGUACACAAUUACUCUAAUCAAAGACAACCAUGACUACUUCAGCAGCCUCACAGAAUUUGAACACAUCUUCCUAUAUUACUAGUGAGUGUUCCACGCAGUGUGAGAGAGAGAGACACACACAAGGUGGAUGAGGAAGAGAGGAGACAGAGAGAGAAAGCGG